AUGGAAGCAGACGAUGUUACUAUCAGGGAGCAGAAUUUCCACAGCCAAGUCCGGGAGUACAUUAUAUGCUUCCUUCUGUUUGCGGUACUCUACAUUGUCUCCUACUUCAUUAUCACCCGAUACAGGAGGAAGACGGACGACCACGAGGAUGAAGAUGCUGUCGUCAACAGAAUAUCAUUGUACCUGUGCACGUUCACGCUCGCUGUGUCGGGCGGUGCCGUCUUUCUGUUGCCGUUCUCCAUCAUCAGCAAUGAGAUCUUGUUGUCCUUCCCCAAGAAUUACUACAUCCAAUGGCUCAAUGGCUCCCUCAUCCAUGGCCUUUGGAAUCUAGUGUCACUCUUCUCCAACCUUUGCCUCUUCAUCCUGAUGCCCUUCGCCUAUUUCUUCCUGGAAUCAGAAGGCUUCGCCGGAUCUAAAAAGGGCAUUAAGGCGCGCAUUUUGGAGACUUUCGUGAUGCUCUUCUUGCUGGCUUUGCUCAUCCUGGGCAUCGUGUGGGUGGCGUCAGCGCUCAUUGACAAUGACGCAGCCAGUAUGGAGUCACUCUACGACCUUUGGGAAUUCUACCUACCCUACCUGUACUCCUGUAUAUCACUGAUGGGAGGACUGCUUUUACUUAUGUGCACCCCUGUGGGAUUGUCAAGGAUGUACACCGUAAUGGGCCAGUUACUUGUGAAGCCAACGAUCCUGGAGGACCUGGAUGAGCAGAUUUACUGCAUUUAUUUGCAAGAGGAAGCUCUUCAGAGAAGAUUAAACGGAUCAUCCACAUGUGCUUAUACCAGAGGAGGCGUCACUCAUCAGCUCACCAAAGAACUGGACAGCAUCAGAAACUUGAGGAAUAAACUGGAGAGAAGAAAGCAAGCGUCUGGUUGGGAGAAGAACUUGCUGUAUCCCAUAGUGAUGCUGAUCCUGCUCGCAGGAACGGCAAUCUCGGUUCUUCUGGUGGCGUUGAACAUCCUAUACCUUCUUGUGGAUGAGACUGCCAUGCCCAAGGGUUCCACGGACCGAGGAGGCAUCGGAAACACCUCUUUGUCCACCUUUGGCGUUGUCCAAGCUGUGUUGGAGAUCAUCCUCAUGUUUUAUCUGAUGGCUUCUUCCGUAGUUGGCUUCUAUAGCCUGCGCCUCUUUGAGGGUCUCACUCCCAGGAAGGAUGAUACAACCAUGACAACGAUUAUUGGAUGCUGCGUGUCCAUCCUGGUGCUGAGUUCAGCCCUGCCAGUAAUGUCCAGAACAUUAGGCAUCACCAGGUUCGAUCUGUUGGGAGACUUCGGGAGAUUCAACUGGCUGGGGAACUUCUACAUCGUGCUGUCGUAUAACCUGCUGUUUGCGGUGGUGACCACGCUUUGUCUGGUGAGGAAGUUCACUUCGGCUGUGCGGGAGGAACUCCUCAAGGCUUUAGGUCUGGAUAAAUUGCAACUGUCACACAGCCCCACCGACCCGGAAUCUGGGAAGCUCUCUGCCAACGGGCAUCAGAAAACUUUGUGA